AUGCGUUUAUUCGUUGGUUACAAAUCAUCAAAUCAAAGCUUUAAACAAUUAGAAGUAGAAACCGAAAGAGGUGAUGCCGGUUAUCUUCAGAUGGAUUGCGCCCGUGAAUCUUUCGCAUUUGCAACAUAUAAACCAAAAUCAGAAAGGAAAGUUAAAAAGUUUGUUCAUUCGUUAUAUAAUAAUGUUCAAAAAUAUGAUAACUCAGUAUGUGGUAAAUAUAUUGACCCUUCAGAAGUUUUCAAGAAAGCAAAUGAAGAAGUUGAUAUCACUUUUGAUAUGAUUAUUCCGGUAAAUGAUUUGUUAGCAUUUCAGGCGUUCGAUGAUUAUCCUAAAUCAUUUGGUGAAAUCAUUCUUAAAUAUUAUGUUUUCAGGGAUACUUUAGUAUUUUGUCAGGUUGACCCGUUAAGAGUUGCUGAUUUACAAAAUUACGUUUAUGAAAAGAUAACUGAUGAAAAUUAUGAAAAGAUUAUGAAUCAUGUUUAUAAAUAUGAUCGCAAAUUCCAACAAAUCGGACUUCCUGCCAAAUUAAUUACAAGCUUAGCCGCUACAUCUGCUGACGCAACAGUUGAUGACGUUAUUAUUUCAUGCACAAAGAUGGAAGUUUUAGAGGAUAAAUGCAUUACACCAGGAUACGGUUUAAUUGAAGAAUCAGUUAAAGCAAUACCACGUUUAUUCAGUAAGGAAGAUCCAUUCAUGAUUCCAGCUCAACAUAUUGACGUUCGUUCACUAAAUGGAGGUUGCAUCACUCCUGAAGGUAUCAGUUCAGAUUUCUCAUACGCUCUUCAUAAUGUUACAGAUGUUGUGUUAGCAUUUCCGAAGAAUGCAAUGCAAAGAACGGUUUUAGAAAAUCCAAUGCUUCGAGGUCUUCAGGUCACUAUAGAUUCCAGAAACUUCCCCGAUCAAGCGAUGACCACAGUGGGCGACAUAUUCUUUACACGUAUGCUUCAAGCUUCUGAUUUAGAUGGAGUGAAUGAAUGCACGGAAGAAUACGAGGACUCAUUAACUAGACCACUGAAUGAUGAUAAUGGCACGCCAUUAGCUAGAACAUGGAAAGACCAAACUUCAUUCUUAUGCACUAUUCCAGUUCAACGUGAUGGAGCGGGUAUAUUCUUUGAUGGAUUAGAAACUUUCAACUCACAAGUUACAGUACAAGUGAAAGCUUAUCCAAUCAUUCAGGGUGUAAAUGACACUUAC